GAAUAAGAAGGGGUUCUGUAAACAGACUCAUGACAGGCUGGUUUUUAAUUAUGAAUAAAACAUUCACAUGAAAACAAUGAUGGCAAAUCCAUGUAAUUUUGCAGCGGACCUGGAAAAGUGGAUUAUUUAUAUUAUUUACGUAAAAGAGGCUCCUCCAACUGUUUAUUACAUUCCAAAUUUCAUAACAGAGACUGAGGAGGAGUAUCUGCUGCAACAGGUAUACAGAGCUCCCAAACCCAAGUGGACACAGUUAUCAGGGAGGAGGCUCCAGAAUUGGGGUGGGCUGCCAAAUUCCAAAGGAAUGCUUGCUGAGAAACUUCCAGAUUGGCUACUGAAGUACACAGAGAAAAUAUCUGCUUUUGGGGCAUUUGCUGGAAAAUCCACUAAUCAUGUGCUGGUAAAUGAAUACAAGCCUGGGGAGGGAAUUAUGCCUCAUGAAGAUGGGCCACUGUAUCACCCCACAGUAACAACUAUCAGUCUGGGCUCUCACACACUUCUGGACUUGUACAGUCCUGUUUGUGAAACACAGCUUGAAAUUCCUCAAACAGAAGAGAGCCACUACAUGUUAUCACUGUUGGUACAGCGAAGAAGUCUACUAAUUCUGAAGGAUAACGUGUAUGAACGCUGCUUCCAUGGUAUACAAGGAGUUUGUGAGGAUACAUUGUCAGAACAUGUGGUAAAUCUCUCCUCAGCGCAGAGUCAGGUUGGCGAUACAUUGCCCCGUGGUACCAGAAUCUCCCUUACCAUCUGCAACGUUCCCAAAGUUAUCCGAGCCAAUCUGUUGCUUGGCAAGAAGUAACACACUCAAGGACUUGCCUGAGCUUGGAACUAGACAAACCGGUUACACCUGUCUAAACCCUCAAAGCAAAGUGUGUAAAUGCAACACACAGAAGAGUCUACAAUAUAUUAUUUUACAUGCCAAGCAUUAGUGCCUGUAAGGAUGUCUUACUUUAAAUGCCUUACUGGAUGGCAUGCUGCUUGCUUGACAUUGUAUGUAACACAAUUCUGACUGAGUGGACAAUCUUGAUCAUUUGGACAUCAGAAAAUAGCAUUAACCAGUGUGUUGACUGUGACAUUAUGUUCAUUCACUCUGUUAAUGCACAGAAUGUUAAAAUGGGCAGCAAUUUGACAGAAAGCAGAGUGAUAGAAGACUGAGAAAUAUGUCUCCACUGCAAUCUCCCUGAAGCUAAAAUGUCUUUAAGGUUUAUCUAAUCUUAUGCACACACAAACAUUGGCCAUGUUCAAUGAAAAGAUGAAGCAAAUAAUAAAACAAAUCAGCUGCUUUUUCAACUGAAUAAAUAUACUGUGUAUA